AUGAUAAAAGUAGGGCCGUUAAUCACCACGCCUAAAGCCAUAAUGACCAAGGAUUUCACAUUGAUUAUUAAUAAAUCUCCCUAUACGCUUCCUACUGACUUUCAAAAAUACUCAAGAAGCGGAAAAUUGAGGGUACUGUAUCGACGUUUUAUAAGAUUAAGACCUUUUAUCUCGCGACGUGCUAUGAUUAGAGGAAGCUAUACUAAUUAUAUUCGACAUAAAUUCCAUGAAAAUUAUGAGUUAAAACGAGAUAUAGUGCUAAAAUCAAGUGGGGGUAAGAGAAUGCAUGAUUUAAGUGAUAUCGAGAUGGGUUGUCGAACGUUAACAUUUGUGCAAAAGGCGGUGUCACAUGUCGAUGGGGAAGGCGAAGACGGGAUACAUGGAGCAUUGGCUCACGAUAAUUUAAUAUGCAAGAGGAUUUUAAAGAACUUGUUGACAAUCGAGUUUCAUCGCGAGCGUUUAGAGUUUAGAAAUGCCGUCGCUUAUCGAUAUUUACGGUUGACAUUUGAAUACUUAGAUCCUACAUAUAGGAACCUCAAAUAUGCAUCAUUAAGACAUGCAGAUACAUCUAUUAUACAUUUAAAUGAAUUAUUGGGAACUAGGUUAUAA